AUGGAGGGUAAUCACAGCGGCUUGACCGGAGGACACAUCUACGAAGUGUCGGUGCAGAGCAACUCCACCAACCGCAGCUCCCAGUUUGCGGACGUGGCCUUGCUGCAGGCUUUCAAGCCGCUGAUCAUCCCCUUCUACGCGCUGGUGGUGGUGGUGGGGGUUUUCGGGAACUACCUGCUCCUGUACGUCAUCUGCCGAACCCGCAAGAUGCACAACGUCACCAACUUCUUCAUCGGGAACCUGGCCUUCUCCGACAUGCUCAUGUGCGUCACCUGCGUCCCUUUCACCCUGGCCUACGCCUUCAACCCGCACGGCUGGGUGUUCGGCCGCUCCAUGUGCUACCUGGUGUUCCUCGUCCAGCCCGUCACCGUCUACGUCUCGGUCUUCACUCUCACUGCCAUCGCCGUGGACAGAUACUAUGCAACAGUCCACCCCCUGAAAAAGCGCACCUCCGUGGCGACGUGCGCCGCCGUCCUGACCGGGAUCUGGCUGCUGUCCUGCGCCCUGGUGGCGCCCGCCGUGACCCACACCUACCACGUGGAGUUCAAGCAGGAGGGCUUCACCAUCUGCGAGGAGUUCUGGCUGGGUCAAGAGAAGGAGAGGCGCGCCUACGCCUACGGCACGCUGCUGAUCACCUACGUGCUCCCGCUGUCCGCCGUCUUCGUCUCCUACCUCUGCAUCACCGUCAAACUCCGGAACUGCGUGGCUCCGGGCAACAGGACGCAGAACCAGGCCGGCGCCCACCAGGCCCGCAAGAGGAAGAUCUUCCGCCUGGUGGCGCUCUUGGUGUCGGCCUUCGCGGUGUGCUGGCUGCCCAUCCACGUCUUCAACGUGCUGAGAGACAUCGACAUCCACCUGAUCAACAAGCGCUACUUCCUGCUCAUCCAGCUGCUGUGCCACCUGUGCGCCAUGAGCUCGUCCUGCUGCAACCCCUUCCUCUACGCCUGGCUGCACGACCGCUUCCGCGCCGAGCUGCGGAAGAUGUUCAAGUGUCGCCGCCGCAUUGGAGUGCCUGCCAACCACUGCGCCGCCAGCGUGGUGCUUUAA